GAUUCCCUAGAGUGAGUUGUUCCAUUUCACCGAGGAACAAGCAACCAGCCAUUGCCAGUCAGAAAAUAAAGAAGAAGGAGGCACGGCGUGCCCCGUGAUGCGCUCUCGCGUGCUCGCGCUCGGAGAAGAAGGAGACCAGCAAGCUUCCGAACGGACCCCUGAGCAGCUUUUCGGUCUCGGCACUGUGGAACGCGGCCACUCCGUUCGCACACGGUUCGCUUAUGCCACUCCGGGCAAAGGGUGGCCUCGCCUGCUCAAGACUUGGCAUUCCCCUGUGGCCAUUGGUCACGCUGGCCAGUUUGGUGUCUAGCGUCUCCUGCCAGCAGGAGCAGCAUUCUGGAGGCCGACCGCGCAAGUUCAUCAGCUAUUAUGGCCACCGGGAGGUACAAGAGGGAGAAAAUUUUAUCAUCUACUGCUUUGCUGAUCCGAAAGCCAAGAUCUCGUGGACCAAGGACGGUUCAGCGUUGCGCCAAUGGUCCGCCUGGCAGGGAUACUCCGUGUCGGAGUACGACGCCCAGGACUUCAAGGUAUCCAGGCUGGAGGUGCAGGCUGCCGACGCGGACUUCUCGGGCGGCUACAGCUGCUCGAGCGAGUCGCUUGCCAAACACUUCGUCCAGGUCACGGCCCUGCGGGACUCGACUGGAGGCGAACCGGCCUGUCACGUUCUUGUUCCGAAUGAAUCCCUCCGACUACGCUGCGGUAUCGUGGCUCCGGACGGAGAGAAUCUGACUUGGUUCAAGGACGGCGAGGAAUUAUUUCCCGACAAUGACCGGUUCCUGGCCGUCGGCAGGGCCCUGGAGAUACGGAGGGUCAGCGAAGACGACGCCGGCGCGUACGGCUGCUCCCGUGCGCGCUCGGCGGUGAACGACUCGGCCGGCAUGGCACAUGUCCUGCAGCUGGUGACGCCCGUGCGCCUGGAGCCCUUGGAAGGCGCCGUGUACGCCCCGCUAGGGGCGCGCGUGAACCUCGAGUGCCGCGCGUACGCUCGUCCCGACCCGCAGAUCACGUGGCUGUUCGGCGACCGCAGCCGCGUGUCCAGCCCGCUGCUGAGCGUCGACAACGUGUCGGUCUCCCACUCGGGCACCUACAGGUGCUCGGCAUCGCACGAGCGAUGCGCGCGACUGGUCGCCGAGAGCGACGUGACAGUGAACGUGUUCGAGUCGACGAUCCGCACCAACGAGGGCUUUCCGGGAUCCGGCAUCACGCUGACGCCGGGUGCCGAUUUUCUGCGGCUCACCUGCGACUACCCGGCCGACCGUAGCGCCAAGAUCGUCUGGAUGAAGGGGAACGCGACCGUGCGUUCUGGCGACAAGUACGUCUACAAGGACCAGUCGCUGGUGAUCAACAAGCCGGAGCGCAGCGACGUCGGCAACUAUAGCUGUGUCGCGCUCGGCCGCGUCGUCAACGAAACGGCUGUGAUCGUGGUCGGGCUGAAGGUUGACAUUCGCACGAGCCAGUCGAAGCGCUUCAAGGAGGGUCACGACGGCUUCCUCUCUUGCAAGAUCGAUGGGUACCCGAGGCCGACCAUCCGCUGGUACAGAAACGGGCACCUGCUCAACGCUUUCCGGAGCUCCAAGUUCAAGUACGGUGGGAAGGGAGCUGACGACUACGGGACGCUCGUCAUUCGUAGGCUGGGAAAGCGCGAUGAGGCCACGUUUGCGUGCCUCGUGGACAACGGCCACAGUCAGGACCGCGCCUUCUUCGCAGUCGUCGUGAGCGUUCCGCCCUCCCCCCUCGUACCUUUCUUCGUGAUAUGCUGUGAAGUCGCGCUUUUGACCGCUGUCGCCUUCCUGUUCGAACAACGUGUGCGCAGCCUCUGGAUGGCCGCCCGCAGGACGACUUCGCCGAAACGCUUGCGCUCGCCCGACAGGGCUGCCGGCCAUAAGCAGAAGAGCUGCACCGAGUCUGACAUCCUGAGGUUCAUCAGCUGCUUGGAGUCUUCGGGCGAUUUGAAUUUAGACGAUCUAUACGUACCUCAGCCUGACGAAAAGCCUCAGGCAAAGGACGUAGACGCUGCCUUAAAAGAUAAACCGCCCAAGUCCGCCCUGUUUUCCCGCGGUAAUGUCGACGCCGCCGCCGAACCACAUGUGGAAUUUAGGCCUUCGGAAAAUGUUGUGAAAGCCGACAUUGAACCCCUGAAUGAGUUAAAAGCGCUGAACAAAGCGCUUACAGAACGAAAGGAAGGUCGCACAGAGGAAGAAGGACCUCCAGAAGAUAACGUUUCUCGUAGGAAGAAGUCGCGCAAAAAGAAGUCCCGGCGCUCUUCCCGCAGGUCCUGUUUAUCAGAGGACGAACCUUUCCCGGUGACCGCACAGGAAGACAGUACACUGCAGGCGGCCGAACUGGAGAAGCCCUUGGUCACUGCGCAGAAAGAGCGAGCGCCUAAGUUUUCCAAAGUAGCGGAGGAGCCUUUGCCUACGGUUGCGCAGUCGAAAGUCUCUAUGGUAGAUAAGAUACCGCCUUGGAAAUUGCAGGAAGAAGAGGAAGUGCCGCAGUUUUCUGAUCAAGGUUCCCAAGAAUUGCCCGCAGAAUUCGCAAUUUUGCGAGCGAAAGCGAAAAAGAAGCGAAUGCCGAAAAAACUGUUCGCGGUGCCGCCUACGGAGGAGUCUGAAGACGCCGGGCUAAGACGACCCUUGCAGAAAACCGAGGAAGCGACACUUCUAGCGAAGGGCUCCGUGUUCAGUCAAGGGAAAGACGCCAAGGAAAAAGCGACUGCGUGCAAGCUUGCUGCGGAGACCUGCUCGAUAUCGUCGCUUGAUGACUUCACGUAUCGGAAAGAUUCGGCGUCAAGUCAGAUAGGUGGUAGUGAGGUUUUGACAGAUACAAUAGAGUACAAGCCGGCCGUACGCAAAGCAGAUUCUGACGGGACGGGAAGCUUUCUGUUCGAGGAGGAGCAGUGUAAUUGGAAGCAUCCGAAGAGGCAGCUCACUGAAUACCCGGAGGCACCAACAGUUGCUGUGGCGGGUGACGUUCCUCCAAGUGGUCACGAAGGCGCCUUGUCCGGCAUGCCAGCUGCAGAGGGGGACGCGUUCGCAAGAGGUAUUGGCUUCACUCUAGGCACCAAGCAUGAAGACGGCUCCUUAAGAACUUUGAAGCGGAAAGGCAAGAGACGUAAGGGUGGGCGUAAGUCGAAAAAUGCAGGCGGAUUCUCACCGGAGGCCACAGAAGAAGGACCUUUCUUUUUUGGCGCUUAUGCUGGUGCGGGAAUGAAGCAGAAUAUCCUUCGCGUACCUUUAUUCCAGCAGCGUGAUGAGGCCAAAAAAGCCGGAUUUGUGGGAUACGCAGAGGACACCAUGGUGGAAGGGUGGUUGAAAUGUGAGACGAAGCCACCGGAAGACGCAAAGCGGGGCUCUCUGACUCGGCGCGAAGAAAUGGGCGGGUAUCCAUCAAUUGCGCAAGGGCCAGUUUUUCCAACCCAAGAAUCUGUACCUUCGCACCCAGACCUAGAAGCUGUGCGGGCUCUUCCAAUUCAAGAACCAAUCCCAUUCCCUACAGCUCUAGAAGGAAAGCUAGUUCCAUGCAUGUCAGAAGCAGAGCCAACUUUUCCUGACCUUCGUCACAGUAAACCUACUGUGAAAAAGCGAGAAAGCAAGCACUUUCUCAUUGAACCGGCGAUCAACGUUGACAGUGAAAGCCCGCCAGGUCCGCCGUCUCCGGAGGAGGUCAGUGUCCGAAGCCGGAGGGACAACUGUGUUGAACCACCUGUUGUCACAAGGGUGCCUUUUCCAUCCAGGCACAAGAGUGGGCAGAAAGUAGAGCUUGUACAAAGGGAGGUGCCAGAAAUACUAAGUCCACUAGUUGAAGUGUCUGAGGGCGCACCAACAGGUAGUGCGCGAACGGAGAUAAUCGUAGCGACACCACCACGAGAAACCCUUUCACGAAGAACGAGUGGGCAAAAAGUAGAGCCUGUACGAAAGAAGGUGCCAGAAAUACCAAGACCACUUGUUGAUGUUUCUGAGGGCGCAAUAACAGAGGGAGCACCAACGGAUAUAAUCGCAGUGACACCACAACGAGAAACCCUUUCACGACGAAACGGUGACCAGAGAGGUGAGAAAGGUGCGACCACAACGCCCGUUAAAAUGGGGCCACUGGUUCUGUCGCCAGAAAGCGUGGUGUGCGAUAGUACACUUGCAGAGAGUACCACGACCUCCGUGGAAACUGUGCCGAGUGGCACGGGGCCGUGGGCUCUGCAAGAAGCUUAUCCGCGAAGAACCACCGGAGAUAGAGACGAUACAGUGAAAUCUACGACUCUGGAGAAAGCGUGCCACUUGGUUGAAGUGCAAGACAGCACACUGUCAGAGAGACCAAUAUCAGAAAUCACAGUGUCUGAGAGCGCUGUAGCAGAAGACACGGCGCCUAUGGUCGUUCAAGGAACUCUUACACAAAGAUUCAGCCAAGAGGAACUCGUGUCAGCCGCGAGAGAAACGGCGCAUGUUUUAGAGCGCAGAGAAUCCGAGGACUCGUCCGAAGACACCGAGUCCGAUGUCACGGCAGUGAUUCAAAAACGCCAACAGGGAAAAAAGUUGGGCACUGACGAGCGCUCGCCGACGAGAACUAGCAGAGAAAUGUUGGAUCACCCACCGGGCACGAUAAACGGCGUGCUUGGUGACACAACAGUACCAGAGACGCUAUCGACGAGCGUCGAGUCAGAGAGCAGCGCCGAUAGCGAAGAUAGGGGCCUUGUGGAAGUGGAAGCUCGACCCCUCGCGUCAAAGCGGCAAAGCACUUCCACAGAUGAUGAACAAGACACCAUCGAGGAGCAGAUCACGCGGUACGAGGGCUUGCAGGUUCCCGACUACCAGACCACGUCGUCUUCAUCAGAGGGUGAGUACGAGCCUCCGAUGGUAAGUGACCUGUUCGACAGCACCGCGUCACCGGAAUCGGAUUGGACGCAGAACCCGGACAACUACUACUUCCUCUCCAUUCCCCCUUUCGAGUUCGCCAUACCCAGCUCUCAGAUCGACGGGCCGGAAGCAGGCUCGCCGCCUGGGACAGCUUCGAAACAGUCGGCGAGGGAUGAUAAGAGAAAGCGUGGUUCACCGAGAAAGCGGCGAAAGCAGCACAGAUUUAAGAAACAUACGCAAAGCGGCGGGAGCACCUCCGGGACUUUUACGCCGUCGACGGAGCCGGAAGUGGACAGCCCCGGCCAGUCGACUGCGGAUAGAUCCGGCCAGCCGAGCACGGACAGAUCCGGCCAGGCGAACCUGGUCAGAGCUGCACCCUCGACAAGCCACGAGUCUUCUCAACGCGAAGACGAGACCGCUUCGCCGAAUCGACGUGUAAAGCGAAAUAAGUAAAAAACUCGAUCGACACAAGGAAAAAUAUAAUUACUUCGACACGUGGUCUGUCGGAUGCUGGAACACUCUUCUGCUUUGCUUAUUUUGUCAAAUACACUAUGUUGGCACCGCUUUUCGAAAUGCACGCCUUCUCCUUCAA